GAAUUUUUAAUAAUAUUUAGUUAACUCUUUUACUGAAAUGCCUGUGUCAAAGAAUGGGAUGUUCAAGGUAUCAGUCCUGAACUCAAAAGUCCAAAGAGCGUUUACUGAGUUGAUCACACCUGAGAAGAAAUGCUAUAUUUGUGUUGAGAACAAUCAGCCAUUUAAGAUAAGUCUCUUCGUCGAUGAGCAGUACAUUGACGACUCUUAUGGUUGCCAUCUCUACCUAGAUGGAAAGAGUGUCAGAGGCAAGAAGACCAUCAAAGGAAAGGGAUGCUAUCACGGCUUUAAACAAGGCGGAGGAAGGUUCAAGGAGUUCCUCUUCAGCAUUCCUCCCCAAGGUGAAGAAGAGCACAAGGAAGAACUUGAAGUCGAUGAGUCUUUCGAGACCGACAGGUUUGGAAAAAGGAUUUAUAAGAGACUUGACUACAUCGGCCCAGAAUAUUUUGGAACUGUCCACAUCAGGUUCUUUAACUGUAGAGAAGGAGAGCUAAAACCAGCUGGAGUCAUGAGAAGCAUCAGCCAUGAUGCUUUUCAACAGUCUUUAAGGAAGGGAGAUGUCAAAGUUGCUUAUCAAAGCAUGAGUGUAAAGGAAGGAGAUACCUUUGAAGUUAAAAGCGGUCCCUUUAAAAGAAGAAGAACUGAUCAAGACAACUCAGGCUGGGGUAAUGAUGAAAAGCAGAGCACAGACGGCUGGGGAGGCGCAGACAAAGAGAAUGCCGAAGAAGAAGAGCCCAAGAUGUUCAAAGAGUAUCUUAUCCUUGAAAGAGAAGGUCCAAUUGAUGAAGUCACUAUCCAUUACGGGGAUAUUGCAGCUUUACAGAUCCUUGGAAUUUUGAGUUUGGAUAAUUAUAAGCAUUUGAGUAUGAUCCCUCCUCCUCUGUUGGCUGAAGCUACUUAUGUGAUCAAGGUAUUCAAAACAAUUAUACAAGCUAAAAAGAAGAUCUACAUGUCAGAUUGCUCAAGUGAGUUUGAAGAAGCGACUACCUGCAGACUCAGCGAUCUUUUCCUAAAUGUCGAGGAGGAACUCCCAGAAUUUUUCAAGAUCAAGUCUGACAUCUUUUGUCUUGGAGAGGAUGGAAGCAUAACUCUCAACAGGGAUUACAAGGAGAUGAUAGAGCCAGCAAGAAGACCGAAGGAAGCUAGAAUCCAGAAGAAAGCUAUCAAGCCAAGUCAAGCUUCUGAGGUAAUUGAAAUUGACUAA